AUGCCCAACAGCAAUCCUAUCACAGCAUACUUCACAAAUUUACUAAGAUCAACCUCUAAUACCCUGUUGGAGGCAAAGCAGUCUUUUGAUCAUGUCCGACGACACACCCCACUCGAGCAAUUAUGGGGGCUCCUGGCAGGCCAAACCCCCCUCUCUUCUCAGGAGGAAAGAGCGCUCAUAUUGAAAGCCCUCGUUUUUCGAGAAGAAAGGCUCGAGGCCCUUGCAAGAAUCUUCAAAAACAUGUCUAUCGAGCUGACUACCGGAGACGUCUUCCAUGUGUACCAUCGGGUUGAGGUUGGUUCUUUUCUCUUACCAGCCUCGAACUUCAUCGCCAACCAGAAUCCCUCCGAAGCCGAGCUCAUGGUCAAGGUCGCCAGGAAAUCUGCAGAUAGAUCCCAAAAUCCCCUUCUUGUUGCCAGGUGUGAGUUUUGGAUGGGUCGAGUUGAGUUUCUACGCGGAAACAUGAGCAAAGCUCAUCAGCACUUUGUGAAUGCGAACCCUUGCGCCAUGGAUCCGACAGAGGGCGUCGAAUGUCAGGAUCUGAGCUUUUUUCUGGAUAUCACCAGGCAUGGAAUAAGCGAGGCUACUCGGUCUGCAAGACUGCGUGCUCAUGAGGAGGCUAUCGCGUUGCAUGUGAAAUUCGACAAGACUGAGAACAACUCUGUCUCGACCGAAGUCAAACGCAAACGACCAUUGAGGACUUGGAAGGGGGCUCUCGUCAAACUGCAACUACCUUUGAUCAAACAACGUCCGCUUACUAAAAUCAGAAAGCCCCGGUGUAAGGUGCCAAUUCAACGAAUGGUGGAUGAGAAGCAUCUGCAGCAAGGAAUAGAUAACCAGACGAGCUCGCAAAGCCAGGUUCUUGGAAGGGUCCUUGCAGAAGAACUUGGAUACGAGUCUUGGAGCGAUUCUGGAGAUGACACCGAUACCGACACUGGAGAUGAAUAUGAAGACGAACCCAGCGCAGGCACUGCAGAUGGUACAGAUGACACCGGAGGUGGCAACACAGAUGGUGCCACGGAUGAGAACGCUUCAAAUGUCCCAGACAUCCCUAAAGAACCCAGACAAUUAAACCCCUCCACUGACGCGACCGCAGCUCCAGCCAACUUUCCGGGUGAUCAAGCUGCGUACGAAAUGCCCAAGCCGGGAUCCGCCCGGUACCGGUUCAGACAAGAAUGUUUCCAGAUGGGCCUCACAUCAGCACUCAACGGAGAGCCUUACGGGCGCCCAAAAGAACCAUUUGUGUUCGGAGCCCCUCAUGAACCGACAAAGCAGACCCAAUUCCGGCUCGGUUUUUUCAAGGUCGGCCUGGCGAAACGCAGCCGCCCAAUGACCCUUUUCCCGAAACAGGAUGGCGAGAUCACUAUUUCUCCUGAGGAAUGGGAAUCUAUCGAACAAGAUGCUCGUCAAAAGAUUGUCACUUAUGAUUACUUAAGGAGGGAGCGAUAUGAGUUGCUCAAGGUUGCAGAGGAGAUGUAA